CCUAGUACUAUUUAUUGACGCAAAGCCUAACACCGCAAUAAAACUAAGCAAACAUACAGAAAAUAUCUCACUUUUUCGGCAAGUCUCUAAAGAUAACCAAAGGUACAUAAAAGGUGAUUCGUUCGUCCCCAGUAUUUUAGAAUGAAAGGCGACUGGAGACAGAAAAGAUGUGGCUAAAGGCGCUUAUUCUACUGCUUUUGAUCCGAUACUUGGCGGCCACAUGCAAUGUGUGUCAAAGUGCCAGCAAUGUCGCUUGCCACAGUGAAACCACCUUUUCCAUCUGCUAUGACGGAGAGCCAUCAUAUGAUCUCUUGCCAUGUCCAAAGGGUUUUUAUUGCACAGAUGGCUUUUACACUUGCUAUCAAAAUGCUGAUCCAGUUUGCAAAUCAGAGGAGGACAGUACCACCACCGAGAUCCAGACAACGACAACCACUGCCAUCCCAACUACCACGACAACCACUGCUAUUCCAACUACCACGGCAUCCACUGCUAUCCCAACUUCUUCGACUGAAGCUCCGUGGAAUGCCGAUGAUAUCUGCCAGCAAUACACUAAACAGACCUUUUUCGAAAACGUAGAUGAUCCCACCUGCACCACUUUUAUAACCUGUUCAGUUGAUAGCGACAGCGGAACCCAUUCCACAAAAGUCACGUCAUGCAAGACUAAUCAGUAUUUCAGCACAAGCUUGAAUGUUUGUACCGCCACCAAGCCGGAUGGAUGCGUGGAGGCGACAACCACUGUGGCCACAACUACCCCAACCGCCAGCACCGUGAGCACAACAACGGCUAUUACCACCACAGCGGAACCCUGGAGUGCUGAGGCAACCUGCUCGACUGUCACUAAGAACACUUUGUUUCAAAACCAAGACGAUCCGACCUGCACUACGUAUCUAUAUUGUUAUGUUAACAAUGGAUCUGCAACAAUAGCUUUGAUAAAGAACUGUAAGGCCAACCAAUACUAUGAUGUUACCUUGAAAACAUGCACCGAUACCAAGCCGGACUAUUGCACUUAAUUUUGGUGUUCCAACAAAAGUAAUCGUUCCUUAUCAUAUUUAUUGAUAGCAAUAAAAGA